CGUUUGUAUUUUGUUUGAAUGAGUGAAACGUCGUCUUGACAACGAAUUUGGUGGCUUUUUUAUGAAUUAUUCGAUUGAUUUUAAUAUGAAUUUAUUAAAUUAUGGAUGAACCCCAUCAGUCUACCCCACAUACGUCUGAAAAAAAGAAUAUUCUUCCGGAUGUCGUACAUUCUCAACAGAUACCCACUGUAGGAAGUGCUACAAACGAAUCGGAGACAGGUAUAGAAGCUAGUGGAAACACGGAAGAAAAUCUAAUUUCACACGAUGUCGACGACAGCAAGACCGAGUCUAUAUCGGAACAUAUUCCCUCCAAAAUCGAAUAUUCUACAGAUUCCGACCAUGCAAGUAGAUCACAGGGCCUUCUUAAAAUUGAGCCAGUGCAGGAGAAAACUUCUAAAAAUAGUUCCGUAAACGUUCCAACUCCACACUCCCCUACAAGUGAAGGCCCAAGCACACAAGAUCCCAGUAAAGUCAGUUUAUCCCUGCCUCUAGAUGUAAAUGCUGUAUCCGAUAUUCAACUACUAAGUGAAGGGAGUCCUGUCAAUUUGCCAUUGUUAUCUGAUCUAUGUAAGGAGAAUUCUGAGAAACCUCUUGAUAUGCCAGAUGCAAAUGUACAGUCCAGUGAACAGGACAUACCAAACUUGUCCCCUAGAAGUGACAAGUAUCUGGACUCAUUAAAUGAUGAAUCUAGCCAUAAAUCAGGGUCUUUACUAGAUUCCGCAGAGAACUCGGAUAAAAUAGAUUCUCCAGGUAAGGUGAGUUCUGGCUCAGAGGAGAUAAUCAAGUUGGAUAUAAGAGGCCAGGGUGUGCCAAAGUUUCCAUUUCCUUCUGCAAAAAUUAUAUUUGGACCACCACCAGAAGGUGGAACAGUUAUUGAUUCUGAAGUUGAACCGAUCCCAGUAUUCUCAAACUUACUCUCACCAUUUCUUGUUGGGGCUGGAGAUAGUGUAAAAAUUGAGGAGGUGUUUGAUGACCAAGAAGUGUCUAAAGACCCAUCCCCUGAAAAAUCACCACUGUCAGCAGAGAAAGAAAGUUUAUCCAGUAAUAAAUCAUUAGAAUUAUCUCCUGAGCGGCAAAUCAGUCUAUCUACUGACAAUUCAUUGCAAAUGUCACCAGACAAACAAAGUCUGUCUAGUGAUAAAAUUGAAGCAGACUUGUUAGUUGAAGAAAUUACUGUUGAAGAUGAAUUGAAGGAAAAAGUGAGUGAUAAGCCUGAGGAGAGCUCUAUGCCAAAGUCUAUCCCACUGGAGGAGACAAUGUCUUUCAGUACAAUGACAGACUACAAGACAAUAUGUGAAGAGUAUCAUGUGAAGCUUGUGCACUUGGAAGAUGCUAUCACGCAGCGUGAUGAAUUAAUUGAGGAACUGACCAUCUCAUUACAGCGUUCAGUUCGUGAACGAGAAGACCUUAGACAUGAGAAUGACCACCUCACUAAUGAAGUACAGAAUCUACAACACAUGAUGGCUGAGAACUCUGAACACGACACUGUCAAGGGUCAGCUCUCAGACUUCGUCAAGUAUCAAAGCAUGAUCAAAGACGAUAGCACCAAGUUCUACUCAGCUAUUAUGAGCGGAGGAUCUUCAAUCCAAAGCUCUAAUGGCGAAAAAGAUAUGGAUAGAGAAGAAAUUGUCAUCAAUUACUCAAAGUCCGAUUUAAGAUCGUCAGACGUGUCAGAUGAAUUCCAGACAGGUUUCGAAAAUAAAAUAACGACAAUAAUAAAUAAGUUUGAUAGUUAUAUUGAGGAGAAUCUGAGGAACAAGCUGAGGGAAAGUGUGAUACAAGUUUUGUGCGAUGAGAUAGGGAAGAUGAGGAUAGACAAUGACACGGAGAUCAAGGAGCUGGAGGCACAGCUGCAGCAGGACAAGCAGGCGUACUCUGUGGAGACGCGGCGCCUGCGAGAGCUGCUCGCCUCCGUCAAGGCUGGGAGUGCCGACGUCGAGGCGCUGCGACAAGAGCUACACAUCAAACACGAGAAAGAGAUGGAGAAUUUGAGGACCUACUUCGAGAAGAAAUGUUCAGAUAUGGAAAGGAGCUACUCCGAGGAGGUGUGGCGCGACAAAGCGUGCGCGUCGCCGUGCGGCUCGGCCACGUCGCUGGACGCGCCGCCCGACGCCGCCGGCGACUGCGCCCGGCGCCGCACGCGCAGCAUGCAGCUGCCCACGCGCCGCCCAGAGUGGACCCAACACGAGCAGUCUCCGGGGCAGUGCAAGAAGUGCGAGCAGCAGAUGGAUGAGCUGAAGGCGGAACACGUGGCGUAUAUCAAUGAGCUGCAGGCCACGCACCGGGAGGCUGUUGCGUCACUCGAUGAACAGAUAACGCAGCUCAAAGCGCACAUACAAACUGCAGAGAACACGGAGGCCAACGUUUCUCUCUACCAACAAGACAUCGACCUGGAGUUAGAAAAGAAGAUGGAGGCGCAGCUCGAACAGAGGCUCGAGGAGGUCAGAGAUGAGGUCAGGCAAGAGGUCGUCAACCAUCUACAGGAGCAGUUGCAGGUGCUUCUGUCGGACCCCGACGCGGAGGUGUCGAGCUGGCCGCUGGAGCUGGUGGCUCUGAGGGACAAGAUACAUGGAGACGCCAGCAAAUCUGCUGAAAAGGAGUGCUCGAGUCUUCGCGACGAGCUGUCGGUAGGCGAGGACAAGUGGAAACAACGGAGGAACAUCAGCUUCGACCAGAACAGACAACUGGAAGAGGUGACCAGGGAAAGGGAUGACCUGAAGCGCGUGGCAGUGAGCCUGCACCGCGUGGUGGGGCAGCUGGUGGCGUACUGCGCCAGUGCCGAGGACGAGCUCAACCGCACCGUGUUAGCGCAACUGCUGGCGCGGCUCGUGCCCGGGGAUAACGACACGUUGAACGAGGAGGAGUCUCGUCCGACGACGCCGAACGUGUCGGGCGAGCUGAACCACAGCGUGGUGUCGCGCAGCGGCCGCCACGUGCACUUCGCGCCCGAUCUCAACGCUAUACUCACCGACUUGGACGAGGAGAGCAUAGUAAACUUCCUGCAACAGCAGCGGGACCUGAGUGCGGAUAUCAAGAAGGAGCUGGAGAACUCUCUGAGAAGACUGAGACAUGAAGCCCAUUCGCUGCUCGAUUUGUCUGCUAAACUUGCUCCUCGAAUCCGUCCCGACACGAGUAACAUGCUGGAGUCCAGUAUACAGAUCACCGAGCUAGUGCACGAUUUGGAUAACAAAGAGAAUUGCGACAACUGUGAACUGCAUAGAAAGAACAUGGAAGAAGCGAUGGCGGAGUGUUUGCAGCGGGAGAAUUUGCUACGUUCAGAUCUGGAAGCUGCUAUGAUCAAGAUCGCGCAGCUCAUGACUAGCGGGGAAGUGAUUGCUGAAGGCUACGGCACGGGUCCGCAACUAUGCUCGCUUCCGCCGCGGUCCCGUCCGGCGCCCACGUCGGCGCAGUCGCUGGACGGCAGCGCGUCGCCGCGCGUGCAGCGCCUCGCGCAUGACAUCGACUCGCUGCAGAAGGAGAGGGACGACCUGCACCAGCAGCUGGAAGCAGCGAACCGUCAGCUCCGUUCCACCCGUCAGUUCGUAGAGGAGCAAGCCGCCGAGCGCGAGGCUGAACGUGACGAGUUCGCGCGACGCCUGCAGGACUUGCGCGAUGAGAACACCAGGCUUGCUACACGGCUGCAGAACAAUGCUAGGAUACUUAAUGAGAUGCACUGCCUGCGCCUCACGUAUUGCAACUGUCGUGAACACGACAAGCACGUGGAACAACUCGAAGCUCAAACUCGGGAGAUGAACCAAAUUAUUACCGAACUUGAAACACGAAAGGCCUCUACGGACGACCAGCUAAAAGCUUCUGAUGAAAAAGUGGUCUUACUUAGAGACAUCAUUGGGAAUUUAGAAAGCCAAUUAGAACAAAAGACGACUCAUGAAACGGAAAUACUGGAACAGUUAGAACAAAUGAAAAAUACUAUAGAUGAGAGGGAUAGUAAGAUGAGGACCUUGUUGGGGGAGCUCGAGUCGCUCAAGAGUGAGCGAAUGGAACAGAGUGACGUCGUCUGUGUCAAGUGUAGCCAGGAGGAUGUCAAGAUUUCCGAACUGAUGGAAAGGGUUAAAGAACAGUGCCAAUACUUGGAGGAUCGUAUCCACCGUCGCACGCGGGCGCUGGAGCGCGUGCACGAGCAGUGCUCCACCAGCUGCAGCGAGCCUAGUGAAGACGUGUCGCUUAGAGACCAGAGACAUAGGCACUUGGAGGUGAAAUCCCCUGACACGGAGGCAACCCCCCGCACAGAACACAUGUCGGAGCUGCUGGGCGUGUGGGAGUGCUUGGAGACGCACGCGCGGGCGGAGGACGCCGUGCUCAAGCGCGUCGCCGACCUCGAGAUGCAGAGGGCACAGCUUAAGGAUAUUGCACAGGAGGUGCGAGCGGAGCGCGAUGUGCUGCAGGCGCGGAUGUCGGAGCAGGCGCUGCGCAUCUCGUCGCUGUCGGCGCGGCUGCAGCAGCAGCGCAACGACGCCGAGGCGCUGUCGCACCAGGCCACCAGCCAGCUCAGCGUGCAGCUGCAUGAUGCACUCGCUGAGGUGCAAAGGUUGAAAGAAGAGUUGGAUUCAAAGGACAAACAGUUGAUACGAGUCAAGCAGAACCUAGAGGAGAGAGAGAAACUACACAAUGAGCAUCACUCCCUGUACGGGAACUCAUGUAAUCCCAAAGACAAGGUGGUAAUAUUGGAACGUGAGCUAUCAGCGGCUCAGUCGCGCAUCGCCCAACUGGAGGGCCUCGCCAGCAGCUUGGAGAAGGACAAAGAAGAACUGCUGAUCAACAUCAGAGACCACCAGAGGGCGCUGGCCGAGAAGGAAGAUCAACUACAAGAGUUGCUAGCGCUAAAACUGGACGAAGACAACCAAAAGGAGGAGAAUGGCGACGUCUUAGAAGGCAAAGCUUCCGCGAGGACUCUCAGCGACAUCGUGUCUAUCUCUGAGUUCGACGAACAGGACCUGCAGAUGCGCCGGGCUGAACUCAAGGGACAUAAUGUCAGCCUCACCGGAGCGCCCUACGCUGAUACCACCAAAGAAAAGAUUCUUAACAGGACAUUGCCACCAGAACUCGACAAACCAAAUAUGAGUUCCCUGAACAUUGAAUUUACUGACCAUUUCGAAUUACCUGGUUACACCCCGCGAGCUGACUCGCUGCCGGCUCAUUUAACGUCAACACAAAAUAAAGAACUACUCAAACAAUACAAAAGAAACGUCAACGAAACUACAAUGUUCGGUAUUGAAACGAAACAUGCUCAAAUCAUACAAGAUAAUUGCUCAAUGUACCCCAACAGAGACGCUAACGACAGUAAAGACUUAAGCGUCGAACCGAAGAAAAUUAACUUCUCCCUGGAAACUACCGACAAUAAAACGCACAACGACUUCACCUCGUUAGGGGAACUCGGAAUAACUCUUGACGUUAAACAAGAAAACUUCCCCGACAUAUUGACUCAAUUGAAACAUGAGAUUAAAAAAUCCAGGACUGAGUUAGAGACCUGCAAGUCUGACCUGAAAAACGCUGAGGAGCAGCUCUGUGAAUUCCCUGCUCUAAAGGAAGAAGUAGAAGAACUGAAAGGCCUACUGGAAAACACGAUGGCCACCAUGGAACAUGACAAGAAAUUCUAUGAGAACCAAUUAGAUAAUUUCUCGUCAAACAAAAAGUUGCUCGAACAGAGGCUCGCGGAACUGACGCAAGAAGUGAAUGAUAAGUCCAAAGACCUGCACUUGCUCAAAGAAGACAUUCUGAGGCGAGAAAAUAUGAUCCUAGAACUCGCUAAAGAGAAACGUAACUUGACGAACAAAAUGACUGAACUAGAGGUUAAGAUUGACGAGCUACAGAGCAGGAACAACGCUUUGGAAAAAUAUGAGAGUGAAAAUCAUCAAAUGAGAGAGAAAGUUAACGAGCUUCAAAAGUUGCAACAGCUUGUGUCUGAGAAGAACCAACAGAUUGACAGUUUGAACCAACAUUUGGAUAGAUUGGAUGACUUGCAAAGAUGCCUCAAUGACAAAACAGAAGAAUUUGACAAUCUUAAGGAGGCAUUCGAAGAGAAAUCCAAUGAACUAUUCCAUAUACAAGACACUGUAGAAGCUUUAAACCGUGACGUUGCAAAACUGAAUGAAGAAAAUGAAAAUUUGAACACACACAACAAAGACUUAAAGUUGAAAUUGACGAAACUUGAAAAAGAGCAAGAAAACGCUUCUCUCAAACUUCAGAGCAACGAGACUGAAUUGGUGCGAGUAAAUUCUCUCAACAACGAACUGACAGCCAAGAUUGACGAGCUUAAACUAUUGACUGACAAGCUUAAAGACAAGGAGACAGAAAUAGAGAUACUGCACGAGGACAUCAAUGCCUUCCACGAUGAGAUAGCUUCUCUCAAGGAGCAGCUCAAGAUGGUGUCGAGGAGUCCGUCUCCUCGCAACAAGAGUGGAGACGAGAGGAAGUCGCUGGACCGACAGGCGAGCAAUGACAAGAAGCAGUUAGUGAAGAUUAGGAAACAGAUCUCUCUACUGCAACAUGAACUUGACUUCAACAAGAAAGAGUUGAACGAUAAGGCAUUCGAGCUUGCCAAAGCGAAGCUGGACGUAACAGAACUGCGCAACAGCCUCAGCCAGGCCGGCAAGCAAGCCGCCGACAGCGAGGCCGCCAACACCGAGCUGCGGCAGCACGCGGACAGCUUGCAGCACGAGAUACAACACCUCGCCGCUGAGAAGGACCAGCUGGCGCAGCAGCUUGAUGCUGUGGUCGCGAGAAUGCGAGAAGAGUCGAACGUGGGCGAGUUGAAGAACAAACUGCGGCUGAAAGUGGAGAGGUGCCAAGAAUUGGAAGCGGAACUGGAAAACUUAAGGGAACUUGUGGACAGACUCCGCCUAUCCCCGGGUCGGGAAGUACGCACGACUAUGGAGUCACAGCGAGCCGUGGCCGUCCGCUCGCCCACCGCCGAGCUGGAGAGAGCGUUGCGGGACCAGCUCGACUACUCGCAUACACUGGAUGAGGAUAUCAUGGAACAGAUUUUGUCGGCAAGCAGCGACGAAAGAGAAGACAUUCCGCGACUCGCUUUGAAUACAUCGAAGUCGUCAAGUUCGAUCCACUCGUCGUCAUCCGACCGAGUGAACCGUCUCCGCUCUGAGAACGACAAGCUGGUGAUGCAGGUCAACAACCUUGAGGCCAGGCUCAAAGACAAGGACGCUCUCAUUGCUGAACUUAACAGGGUCCGCGACAAGCUGGUGUCGGACUGGCAGGCCAGCCGGCUGCGCUUCGAGGCCGAGCGCGACAACUGCAGCAGGUUGCAGCUGCUGCUUGAUACACAUAAGCAUACUGCCGAGAGUCUGCAGAACCAAGACUCGAACAUGAUCCAGAUCUUGAAGAAGCGCUUAGAAGCCGCCAUGCAGUCAGAACUAGAGCUUCAACAGAGAGAACAGCAGACUCGCGCUAGACUGGCGCAGUUGGAGCGGCAGGCGUUGGAUACUGCUAAUCAUAGUGAUCCGCUUACUGCGCAGCUUAAUCAUGAGAGAGAAAACAGCGAGCGUCUGAAAGGCGAGCUGUCCCUGCUGAAAUCCAAGCUGGAGGUGGAACGCACGCGGUACGGCGACCUGCAGGCCAUGCUCGACCACUCGCGACUGCAGGCUGAGAGGGAGAUGAACGCUAGGAAUGACCAGUGUGCCGCGCUCAAGAGCGAACUCGCUGAGAUUAAGAGACUGAAGCAUGAGGCGGGCGUACAGCUAGUGCGGUCACAGGAGCUCAUCAGCACUCAGGCCUCCACCAUCGCCCAGCUGGAGAAGAAGCUCAACUCUGGCGUCCACUACCGACCUGUUACUGAUGCACUCACUGAAAUCGAAAGCACAAAGAGCGAGUUAUCCCGGGAACUAGCAACCUUGAAGAAGUGUCUCCUAGAGUCCAGCAGCCCCGAGCUGGUAGCGCUACGGCAAGAGAAGCAGCAGCUGUCGGCUCAACUGGAGAGCUUGCAGCGGCAGCAGCAGCAGGAGUGCUCGCAGCGGCACGACGAGCGCGACCAGGCCAUCCGCUACUUGCACGGGCGAUGCUUACGACUGGAGAGCUGCCGCAAGGCGCUGGUGUGGCAGAAGCGGUACCUGCAGCGCGUGCUGGCCGGGUACACUGAGUUCGAGAAGAACCUCAGGCUGCCUUCAACCAGGACGCCUGAGGUCAGCAAGGGGAAGAAGCGGUUCAAGUGCAUAGUAUCAGUAGUGAUAGUGGUACUCCGCAUGGGAUUCCUGGUGCGGCGGCGGCAGCACGUGCGAGCGCUGUCCGCCAACUGCAUCCUGCGGGCGCCGAGACCUGAGACACGUCCCACCACCCCGGCCACACCUAUCACGCCCAACAACCAGCAGGCAUACGCAGCCGGCACUCCUCGCACCCGAGCCCCCGCGUCAGUGCCGGCGCGGGCUCCGGCCGAGUCGCUCGCGCGCCGCGUGCUCAAGCACGACCUGCGUCUGCACCUGCCGCCCUCACCCGGCCUAGCUGACUUUGCCAGAAGAUCACCAUACACAACAAAUUCACCAAACGACGACCCGUUCAUUCUAAGUUCACCUCGCGGCGAGGUGGCGGCCGCGUACCUCAACAAGUUGGAGUUAGUGAGUCGCUGCCUCAACCACGCCAUGGACGCAUCACGCGACGUGCCCUGACGCGGCACGUCACGCGAUACAUCACGUCACCGCACCACGCUGCGUAUAGCGUCACGUGACUAUGACGUCACACAUGCACACACGUGCCGCCCCGCGGCAUUUAAAUUAUUUCCAUGAAUAUCUGUGAAUUGUCCGAAAUUGAUUUUCCAACACAAUUCUUGAUUCUUGACAACUAUCGACUUUGAUGAACUAUAAUAUGCAUUCAUCAACUUCAGCUAAUAACAAUGACUUGUCCAAAUAACCUUUAUAAGUAUUGACAAAUUAAUUUUGUGUAAGAAAACAAUGACGAAUGAAAUGUGAGAGUAAAUUCGAGUUUUGUAAAGCAUUUCAAUAUUUCACAAUGCAUUUCAUGGCCAGGUUAGUGUUAAGUAUUAGAUUAGUGCCAAAUUCAUAAGUUUAUUUGUGUUACUUAAUUUAUUGUUUAGAUUUAAAUAGAUUUACGUUUGGACACUGUUCAUUGGGAUGUGGCUGUUUAUAAGCAAACAUUAUUUAAAGUUAUUUUGUAAUACUUGAGCCACAUGACAAUGAAUGGAGUCAUAAUUUGGACCUUAUUCCAAGUUUCGGUUGUUGCCACUCCGCCUAUGAUUCCCCUCACGUUCGGUAUGAGUGAGUGACCGGAGUGCGUCGCCUCGAACCCUUGCCUUACAAACCAUACUACCCCUCAACAGACUUGUACAUAGAAACCUUUAGAUGUAUGUAUUUUUGACACGAAUAAAUUAUUAAGUAAAUUGACGUAUUACUAGGGUUAUUUUUCUAUACAUAGUUAGAAUUAAAAGGAUGAUUAUAUUAUGCAAUUACCAGCCUUUUAGUUAUAUUAACGGAAAUGGCCCUUAUGAUAUAAAUUACGUAAUUAACUUCCUGUCUGUAUUAUAUUUUGUGAAUGUAAAAUUGUUUGUUUACUCCAAUACUAGCUACAUAACCAUAUUAUCACAUGGCGAGUUACUUAUCUUGGUUUAUUGGAAGAUUGAUUUUAGUUAUGUGAUAAAUGUGGCGCUAGCUUGUAACUUUAGCUUUUCAAAGCUGCCUUGAUCUACGCAACAUUCUAAAUUAAUUCAAAAUGUCUACGGUGCCUUACUUCAUUUCACGUAUCUUCAAGGCACAUAUCAGGAGGCAGCCUUUGAAGCCACUCAAUCCUAGGGCUAUGCCAGCCAGCACAAACUCAUGCCAUCUCUAAAGUAAUUAGCAUAAUGUUUUAGUUUAACGUUUGACGUAAAUCCUUAGUUUAUAAUACGAACGCACAGUACAAGCUAGAUUAAGUUAGUUUUACGCGACACGAAGUCACGACCGAUACGAACGUUCCGUCUAAUUGUUUCGAUAGCUCACUUGUUCGCACGAGACUUUACCUUCGCGAAUCAUUUAAAACUUCACUCAAGUAUUUAAUACCCUUAUUUGAGCCUAAUUUAAACAUAGUUCCCCUUAGUUUUUCCCUUUAUGUACUGUAUGCAAAUUAUAAACAUUCCUAUUGAUCGUCGAGGUUGUGAAGUCUCGUGCAAGCGAGAAAGAGGCUGAUUAGAAAAUUAUGUUAUUUGACUGUACAACAACUGCUAUUGUUUAUACGUUACACGUAGUACUCAACUAAGCAUACGAAUAUUUUGAAAAUGCUAUGAAGCUUCCCAAUCGAAUGCCGCAAGCAGAUUUUAAUUUUAUUGUUCAUAAGUUUAGAUCCAUGCAGACAUAUUAUUUGAAUCAUGACCAUAUUUUCAGUCACUUAUACUUCUUGACGUAAAACAAUAGUAGUUGUUAAACGCUAGACAAUAUUGUGUAAGCCAAAGCCAACGAGAGUAUUAUGAAAGCUGUGUUUAUAUGCGAUUCCAAUGUAAGAGAGCAGAGAGCAUAAUAUUGUUAGUUCUUAUUCACUGUUACAUGCCACCGUUGCGUUUGGCGCGAGUUGUUCCUUGUUUUACCAUAAAACAAUAUUUUUCAAGGAUCUCCUCUGAGUAGUGUCAAAACUCUUGAUUUUGACAAGUUUUUUGUGAGAAGAUGAGAGUAUUUUGCUAAAUGAAGGUGCUACAAUUAUAAACUUAGUCGCCAAAUGUAACGGUGUCACUCACAAAUCCUGCACAUAUCUCAACUAACUUCAACACCUUAUGAAAUAAUGUAAUAUUCUUAAAAUUAUAGAAAUACGUGUCUACACUCAUUGCGACCAAAGAUUUAAAUUAAGAUCUAGUAUUAGUUUCAAAAUUGUUGUAAUUUAAGUUAAAACACUGUUUAGAACCGAGACAAGCUUUAUUACAUUUCACUUACAAUUUGAGACCACCAAUUAUCUAGUCACACUCGAAUAGCAUCACACACGUGCCAUAACCGCUCUCUAGCAGGCCCCGCACACACUCGCGACUUAACCGCGCGUCGAAACUGUCGCACGAACGAAACUAUGCACAAGUAUUUUUAUUUAUUUGAUACUGAACUAUUUUAAUAUUUUACGUUACUUAUAUUUACUGCAGUCUUUCAACGCGUGUUGAAUUGCCAAUGUGUGCGAGGUCUAAAAACAAACUCAUUCUAAAGUAAUUGAUAAUUAUGAUAAUAAAAAACUGAAUAUUUUGUAAAA